AUGAGCAAGGUGGGGUCGUCGCUGUACACUCGCCUCCAUGGAAUCUUCAAAGCAGCUCCGAUCGCCACCGUCAAGCCCCCGAAAUUUAAAAGCCAAAUCAAAUCCAAAAAGCUCGUUAACAAAGCUAAAGAAUCCUCAGCUUCCUCCGCCUCUGUCGGCGACGGAGUGGAGUCCUCGAAUGUCGCCGAGAAAACAAAAAGCACGGAUUUGACGAAGAAGGUAGAGAAGUUCAAGAGAUCGUGCGAGACGGAGAGUUUCCGGCAAACGCACGGACUCUACAGCGCGUUUAUCCGACGUCUCAGGGAGGCGAAGAAGUUCUCAGUGAUCGACGAGGUUCUCCAGCACCAGAAGAAGUACGAAGACAUCAAGUCUGAGAAUUUCGUCAUCCGUAUCAUGCUUCUCUAUGGGUACUCAGGAAUGCCUGAGCAUGCACACAAGUUGUUCGACGAAAUGCCUGAGCUAAACUGCGAACGAACUAUCAAGUCCUUCAACGCGCUCUUAUCGGCUUAUGUUAACUCAAGGAAGGUUGAUGAAGCGAUGAAGGUGUUCAAGGAGUUGCCGGAGAAGCUUGGUAUGACUCCAGAUAUCGUCACUUACAACACCAUGAUCAAGGCGCUUUGCCGUAAAGGCUCUAUGGAAGAAAUAUUAUCCAUCUUGGAAGAGACUGAGAAGAAUGGAAUUGAGCCUGACAUGAUCACUUUCAACACACUGUUGGAAGAGUUUUACAGGAGGGAUUUGUUUGCAGAAGGAGAUAGGAUUUGGGAUUUGAUGAAAUCCAAGAACCUUGUGCCUAACAUCAGGAGUUAUAACUCGAGAGUGAGAGGUCUGACUCGGAACAAGAAGUUUGCCGAUGGGAUUGACCUGAUGGAUGUCAUGAGAACGGAAGGGAUCUCUCCGGAUGCUCAUACGUACAAUGCGUUCAUCACUGGUUACCGCGGCGAUGAGAAUCUUGAGGAGGCUUUGAAAUGGUACGAUGAGAUGAAGGAGAAGCGUCUGAUUCCUGAUUCGGUGACUUACUGUUUGUUGAUCCCUCUUGUCUGCAAGAAAGGUGAGCUGGAUAGAGCGGUUGAGAUAUCGGAAGAAGCCAUCAGACGCAAGGUCCUGUCUCGUCCGAACAUGUUCAGACCCGUGAUCGAGCGUUUGGUGAGUGAAGGCAAGAUUGAGAAAGCAACGCAGAUAGUAAAGGAUGGGAAGCUACAGAGUUACUUUCGCAGCUACCUACCAGACUUGUCCGCUGGUAAGGAGAAGACCUCUUCGAGUCCGGCCGCUUCAAGUCCGGUCGAAGCCGACUUGUUGGAGGAUGAAGAGAGUGAUGAUUGA